CUAAUCAAACAACAGAUGAAGGUUGGGAGAGAGCCGUUCCAAUUUGUAAAUAAAGCAUUUUGCUUUUGGUUAUCAUAAAAUUUGUGAAGAAUUCGAACAGUCUUGACCAUGUCGGUGGAUAUGAAUAGCCAGAGUUCUGACAGUAAUGAUGACUAUAAUGGAGACUCAGAAGAGGACCAGGGAGAUAUGCGUGACUAUUAUGAUGGGGUAGCGGGCGAUGUGGAACAGCAAGGCGCAGACGCCUUUGAUCCAGAAGAAUACCAGUUCACAUGUCUGUCAUAUAAGGAGUCAGAGAAUGUACUAAAUCAACAAGUUGACUUAAUGGCAGACACUUUAAAGGUAGAACCAUCUGUAGCCAAGCUUAUUUUAGUUAACUUCCAUUGGAAGUCCUCUGAAAUUUCAGAAAGGCAUAAAUCUAACCCAACUCAGCUUCUGGUGGAAGCCAGGGUUCAGCCAAAAAUAAUCAAAAAUACGUUUAUUCAUUCUUCUCAUCCCUGCGGCGUGUGCCUGCAGAAUGUCCGGAAGGAGAACUUAAUGUCCUUACCCUGCCUUCAUACGUUCUGCCGCAGUUGCUGGGAACAGCACAGUACUGUGCUGGUGAAAGAUGGCAUUGGAGUAGGCAUAUCCUGUAUGGCGCAAGACUGCUUGCUUCGAACGCCUGAAGACUUUGCUUUUACUUUGAUCUCUAAUGAAGAACUGAAAGAAAAAUACAGGCGCUACCUCUUCAGAGAUUAUGUGGAGAGCCACUACCAACUGCAGCUUUGUCCUGGUGCUGACUGUCCGAUGGUGAUCCAGGUACAGGAACCGAAAGCUCGGCGAGUGCAGUGCAGCCGCUGUAAUGAAGUCUUCUGCUUCAAGUGUCGCCAGAUGUACCAUGCUCCCACUGACUGUACCACGAUUAAAAAGUGGCUCACCAAAUGUGCUGAUGAUUCGGAAACUGCAAAUUACAUCAGUGCGCAUACAAAAGACUGUCCUAAGUGCAGUAUUUGCAUUGAGAAAAAUGGAGGGUGUAAUCAUAUGCAAUGUUCAAAAUGCAAGCACGAUUUCUGUUGGAUGUGCCUGGGAGAUUGGAAGACCCAUGGCAGCGAGUAUUAUGAAUGCAGUCGGUACAAAGAGAAUCCUGACAUUGUGAACCAGAGUCAGCAGGCACAGGCCAGGGAAGCCUUGAAGAAAUACUUGUUCUAUUUUGAAAGGUGGGAAAACCACAACAAAAGCCUGCAACUGGAAGCACAGACAUACCAGCGGAUUCAAGAAAAAAUUCAGGAGCGAGUUAUGAAUAAUUUGGGAACAUGGAUUGAUUGGCAAUAUUUACAGAAUGCUGCCAAGCUGCUUGCCAAGUGUCGGUACACCUUGCAGUAUACGUACCCAUACGCCUACUAUAUGGAGUCUGGGCCCAGGAAGAAACUGUUUGAGUACCAGCAAGCGCAGCUGGAAGCGGAGAUUGAGAAUUUGUCGUGGAAGGUGGAGCGAGCAGACAGUUAUGACCGAGGGGAUCUAGAGAACCAAAUGCAUAUAGCAGAGCAGAGACGUAGGACACUGCUUAAAGAUUUUCAUGACACGUCAGACUAAAGUACUGUGGACACGGUGUCACAUUGAAUAAGGCCUGGCUGGGAAAGAUGAAGAAAUAUUGGCUUUGGUUCCUUGUUUCUUUUAUCAUCUGUCAUCCUUUGGUUUUUCUUAUGUUUGUUGGAGUAGUCAGCAACACUCAUGGAUCGUUCCAUUCAUGAGCUAUGGUAGUGUUAGACUUUUUUAGUGGGUGAAAAAAAAGAUGUAUUUUUUUUUUUUUUUAAAGGAGAAUGUGUAAACAUUGAAGAAGGAAAUUGUUGAAUCUUUAAAGAAGCCUUGCCUUUUACAAACACAUUCGGAGAGAUGGGAAGGAUUGCCGAAGCCUCAAUAUCCCGCAGAUUUUUAAUGUAGGUUUUCACUAGAACAGGAAUAUUUGGGACGUGUGUGGCACAAACUAAUUAUAUCGUGCACACUGGCACCACGGCACGCUGCAGAAGCAACAGCUGGGAAUUGAAAACUGCUUAAAGAGGAGUUGUUUGGGAAUAAUUUGGUUUCCUGGUAUCUUGCUUUAUCGUUAGUUGCCUGCUUUGGCUGGGAACAAUUUAAUUGCCUUGAUUUGAGGGGGGGGGAUUACGUCAAUAUUAAUGUAUAUGUGGAUGGAGGAGGUGAACAAUCUUUGUGACGUGUGGUGAACUUCCUAAUACCUUCUGUAGAGCACACAAAAUAUCUGCCCCUAUUUCCCCCACCCCACCCCCCCACCCAGGUGCAAAGAGAAAGUGACAACAGGUAUGCUGUUACUAUGCUCUGAAUUUUGAGCAGAACAGCUGAUUGCUUAAACAGGCAGUGAAGUUCAUGAAUGUUCAUGAGCCUCAUGAAAUACCUGUCUCGUCGCCACUUCCUCCGCACCCUACCAUGCACAGCAAUUUGUUACAACCUUAUCUGAUCAGCAUCAACAAUUUUUAAAGUAGUUUAUAUCUUUUUUUUUUUUAAAUAAAUAAAAAAGUGUUUUGAACUUUUUUCCCAGACCCACUUUGUGUAACGGUUUAGUGAUGUACUUACUAUUGGUAAAAUGGGGUCCUGGUUGUGUUUGUGGGUUGCCAGGAUAUAUAAAUAUGUUUUUAUACAUUUCAUAUUUGUCACACUACCUCGAGUGCGCUCAGCAUUCUGAUCCACAAUAGCAAGAAGAGUAAGAAAA